AUGCUCAGCAAGCGGAUGCUUUCGUCUUCGUUGAGACGAAGCGUGAAGUCCGGCAUCUUAAGCACCACCAAGACUCCCACCACCAGUAGUAAGGCUGGCGAGGACAGCAAUGAAGGCAAUUCCAUCUUCAGAAAGAGGGUAGCGUUGGUCUCUGGCAUCAUCAUAGUGGGAUCCUACAUCUCAUUCAACCUGUCGAACUACUACAACCUCGACACCAUUCCUCCAAACACCAGCGGCCUGGGGCCAGGGAUCAACCCCAAACUCUUGAAAGGAUCAGGGGUCACCACGCCCCUUCCUUCGGACUCCAAGUUUUACUCCACCUCAACUUCGUCUCUCCAUCAGGCCAACAGUAUCAGUCACCAGCAGCACAAGGAAGGGGUGUUCUUGCUCAACGAAGACCAGGUCAGUACCAAGUUGAGACUGUUUGAGGAAAGUUACAGCGUCAGCAGAGGCAAGGGUGUGACCAGAUAUGAUAUCUGUCAAUUGCCAUCCAACUCCCCAAUAGAAGAUGAUAGAGCAGAAGAGAUAGUCCAAGUUCCAAUCUUACAGGAUAACAACGUCAAGACCUCCACAGACUGGAUGUUCUUCGGUGUGUUCGACGGUCAUGGGGGCUGGACUACAGGAAGUAAAUUGAGAGACCAAUUGAUCACUUAUAUUAUCCAUGAAUUGGGUACUAUUUUCAAGCCUGCCAAUGAUGACAAUUUGAGGUACGUUCCCAACAGUGCUACUAUUGAUCAGGCCAUUAAGAAUGGAUUCUUGAAGUUAGAUCACGAAAUUGUCAACAAGAACAUCGAAAAACUUUUGAACGAUAACAACAAAGCCAAGGCUGCUGAAUUAUUGAUGCCCGCGUUAUCUGGCUCUUGUGCCUUAUUGUCGUUCUACGACACUAACUCAAAACUUUUGAAGGUUGCUGUCACUGGUGAUUCAAGGGCCAUUCUUGGCUCCUUUAAGGAUAACCAGUGGACUGUCAAGCAAUUGAGUAUUGAUCAAACUGGUUCCAAUCCUACUGAAGUUGCCAGAAUUAUUAGUGAACAUCCCGACGAACCAAACGUCAUCAGGAAUGGUAGAGUGUUGGGUAACCUCGAACCUACUAGAGCAUUUGGUGACUGCAGAUAUAAGUUGCCAGCAUCCAUCCAAGAAAGAAUUUACAAACAGUUUUUCGGAAGAAGAUUACCAGAUCAUUUGAAAUCCCCUCCAUAUGUCACCGCAGAACCAGUCAUUACCACAACUAAGAUUAAUCCAGAAAACAACGAUUUUUUGGUAAUGGCUUCGGAUGGACUCUAUGAAAUGUUGACCAAUGAAGAAAUUGUCGGUUUAGUUGUGAAGUGGAUGGAGAAGGAGAAGAUGAUCAAACCAAAGAAGUCUUUUUGGAAUGCAUUCGCUUCUACAGAAAAUAAGCUCCCGGAAGUUUCCGAUAUCACUAACGACAAAUCAUCUAAAAAGCCCAUCAGAAGAAAACAUGCUGGAACCGGUGCAUUCUUGUUGGAAGAUAAAAACGUAUCGACACACAUCAUUAGAAAUGCUUUAUCCAAUGGGGGAUCCAGAGAACAAACCUCCAUGUUGAUUUCUAUUCCCAACCCGGUUUCGAGACGGUACAGAGACGAUUUAACGGUCACUGUCGUCUUUUUUGGUGAAGAUCCAAAAGGAGAAAACGAGAACGGAAAACUUGAGAUCAAUCAAGAGGCCACAGCAGGUGGUUUGAAUGCAAAGCCAAAGCUUUAA